CUUCAGCUCCCGGGCGUUCUGGACGAGGCCGACGAGAGCGGCGACAUGGCACUCGACCUGGCUCUGCUGGGGCGGCAGCACAGCAUCGCCGACACCCUCCUGAAGCACGGGGCCUCCGUCACCACGACCGACCCUACGGGCGCCUCCCUACUGCACAGGGCCGUCAGGAGGGGAGAUGAAUUCUCUGCUUCGUUCCUGAUGAACCACGGUUGCUCGGUGAACGUAGCAACCCCUGGAGAUGGCAGGACCCCGCUGCACACCUUGGUCAGCCAAAAUUACAUCGACCAGCAGACCCGGGAGGACAUGGUCAAGGUGGCUCAGACUAUGAUAGAGAAGGGCGCAGAUCCCAACAUACAGGACAAGGAUAUGAAGACCGUACUGCACCUGACUGUGGAGGGCGAGCGAGAGGAAAUCUUCCGUGCCCUGAUCGAGCACGACAAUCUGCGUCUGGAGCUGCGGGACAAAGCAGGGUACCCUGUGCUAUGGUACUCCUUGAAGACGGGCACAGAGUUCGGGGAGACCUCCUACGCAGCGCAGCUCAUCAAGAAGGGAGCCUCGCCAGAUGCGGUGAUUGGUUCGAGUGGGGAGUCCCUGCUACACCUGGUGGCACGAGAUGGCAUGGAAGAAGCUGGUUUGUUCCUCACAACCCAGGGUGCCAGUUGUAAUGUCGUGAAUGCCGAUGGUGAGACUCCACUCCAUGUCUCUUGCACCGUUGGUCUUCCUUCGCUCACAACUGCUUUACUACAGAUUGGAGCAAAUCCCAAUCUUCAGACCUAUUCCUCUUCACCGGCUGGCACUCCAAUUGAUGCCAAUGACCCAUUUGCGGAGGAAACCGAGGAGUCUCCCACUUCCAGCUUAACCUUCCGCGAAACUCCCUUGCACCGAGCCAUCAAGAAUAAGAAUGAAGAUGACAUUAGGGCGAUUUUAGAUCAUAAAGAAUACUGUGAAAGCAACAAAGUGGAUUCAAUAGUGAUGCCUGACUUGAACUUGCGUGACUCGGAUGAUCUGACUCCCCUUGGAGUGGCUCUGGGAACAGGCCAGAUCAAUGUGGCAAAGCAGCUGCUGGAAGCUGGGGCUGAUAUCAACACAACAGAUUCCCAGGGAUACGGCCUUCUCCACAUGGCCAUUCAAGUCAAGGAAGUACAAGUGGCCACCUUCCUAAUCAAUAAUGGUGCUGAUGUUAACCUGAGGACUCGUGACGGAGAGUCUCCACUGCAGCUCUGCAUCAGUGAGAGCCUAGGUGCCGUGGUUGGACUCCUGUGUGGCAAAGGAGCAGACCACAACUCCCAUCCCAACUCCCCCGAACCUCCUCUGUGGCAGGCUCUGGACUCAAAGCAAGAGGACAUUGCUUCCACACUAGUACAGUACCAUGUUGACACAGAUGGCUGGGCUGAAGGUCCAGAAGGAUGCCUACAAACUUUGCUACACAAGGCUAUAGAUGAGAACCGAGAAGACAUUGCUUGUUUCUUGGUGAGAAGUGGAUGUGAUGUCAAUGCGGUGAGGAAACCAGGGCCGGGUGGUGGUGGCGGUGAUGCAGCAACAGAUCAGAUGACGCCCCUUCACCUAUGUUGCUCUUGGGGGUUAGAAAAUACAGUGCAGACUCUGCUCGAGCAUGGAGCGAAAGUCAACGCAAGGGAUGCUGAAAAUAAGACUCCCUUGCAUCAUGCCAUUGAAAAUGGUCACAAUCCCAUUAUUUCCCUGUUGCUGUCCCAUCCUGCCUUGGAUCUUUCCCUACGAGACAAAUCUGGCAUCACUCCAUUCGCUGCUGCCAUGUCGAGAAAGAACAACAAGGCUGCCCAGGCUAUUCUGAGCCGGGAACCUAAGGCUGCGGAACAGUAUGAUCACAAGGGCCACAAUUUCUUGCACGUAGCCAUUCAGAAGAAGGACAUGGAGAGUGUACUCUUCCUCCUGAGUAUUCACGUUGACAUGCACACCAGGACACAAGACCAGUUGUCUCUCACACCCCUGCAUCUGGCUACACUCUCAGGGUCAGAGAUGAUUGUUAGAAAUCUUUUACUGGCUGGAGGUGGAGCAAUCAAUGAGUUAACACCGCAGAAGCAGACAGUUCUUCAUCUGGCAGCAGCAAAUGACCAUCCCCAUCUUGUCUCCAUCUUCUUAGAGAACGGAGUUCGUUUUGAUGCAGUAGAUGACAAUCACAACAAUGCACUUCAUGUUGCAGUCAAGGAAGGCCAUCUGUCUGUCGUAAGAGUGCUAUUAACUGAAUCAAGGAUCAACGCAGAGGCAGUGAAUCUCCGUGGUCAGAACCCGCUCCACGUCCUUGCCAAUUACCCAAAAGACAAUGCAGCAGCCAUAGCGGAGAUGUUCUUGGAGACGAUGCCGGAUUAUGACCUCAACAGGGUAGAUGUCGAGGGAAACUCGGCUCUAUUACUGGCUUACAUGCGAGGUGCGGGUCAGCUUUGCCGAGUAUUAGUACGGUCGGGAGCAUGCCUGGGCUCAACAAAUAAGCAUGGUGUUAACAUAUUCAAUUAUCAGGUGCCAACCAAAGCACUGCUGUUUAGACUCCUGGACGUGCUAUCAGCUGAGCCUCCAUGGAGUGAAGGAGAACUCUGCAUGGAAUGUGGGACCAAGUUUGGCCUGGCUACAAGGAAGCACCACUGCCGACACUGCGGCCGACUCCUCUGUAGCAGAUGCUCGGAUAAGGAUGUACCCAUCCUCAAAUUUUCGUUGAACAAGCCGGUUCGAGUCUGUCAGACCUGUUUUGAUGUACUUACUUUAGGACCAGCAGCUAUAUCAUAGUAAAUGUUUUAGAAUAACUAAAGAAGUCAAGUCCAUUCAUAGCAAGAAUAUUUUCUUUUUCUUUUUCUAUACAUUUGAUAACAAGUUUAUUACAAUUAACCUAAGACUAAUAAUGAUGGUGCCACUAUGUGAUUUAAGUGACAGAAGUGUAUCAUGUGAUCAAGUUAAACUUUUCACUUCAAGUCCAUGUUGUACUUCCUACUUAGGCAAAUACUCACUGCCAGAUAUAUAUUUGAGGAAAUCUUUACUUGGGAGUCAUAUAAUUUUCUUGCAAACACAUCUGGAUGAAUUUGGAAGAAGUGUUGCUCAAAAUUUUAAACGUGAUUAACAUUUUUUUAAGGAUAUUAAAAGGUACAUUGAAUUGUCAGCACAUCCAAAAAUAUUUAGCUUGGAGGAAAGUGAGUGAAAUAGUUCCCAAGUGAAGUGGUAUUUUAUGAUCUUGGUUAGAAAUAUGAUAAAGUUUUGUAACCUUUUUAAGAUAGCAAGAAUUUCAAUUGUAAAAUGGGAGGAAAAUUGUUUCUUAUGAUUUUUUCACCUCCAUAUCAGAGUAGUUUUAAGUUCCUGUACAGUGAUUUUAUGUAAUAUUUCCUGGUUUAUUUAAGGGUUAAAUGAAUAUUUAAAGAAAAAAAAAUCAUUUCAUUGUUUUUAUAUUUUAUUAUCAUUGUCAUUAUUAUAAUAAUUAUUAUUAUUGUUAUUUUAGAAUAUACACUCAGUUAUGCUCACAAAUAUGGCAUAUAGAAACAUAAUGGCAAACUUGCCACUCCCUCAUAAAGCUUUCUGUCUCACUCUAAUCACUAUUUUCUAAUAAUGUGACCUAAGUCUGGUUUGUAGCCCCCAAUAUUUGUGGGUAAGUCCACUAUGUAAAAUCACCAUACAAGCUGGGAUUGUGUUUUUUUACACCACAACAGUAAACUUGCCUUUGGCCUGCCGACCAGUCCCAUAGUAGGGUACAUCCUAGCCAGUCAGCAAAUAACAUCCACCAUUAUUGUUUAAAUUGCCAAGCAUUGCAAUGCAUGCAGCAGACAGCACUGUUUACUGACACUUGUCCCAAUUAAAAAAAAGCUGGAUCCUGCUAAAUUUUGUUAUGCCAACAAUACCUCAGCUGUUGAAAGUGGUGAAUUAUUGGUGAUAUGCAGUUUUUAUGGAAGAAAAACUAUAAAACUUUUACAUGUGUGUUGUGUGUGUGUAUAUAUAUAUAUAUAUAUAUAUAUAUAUAUAUAUAUAUAUAUAUAUAUAUAUAUAUAUAUAUAUAUAUAUAUAUAUAUAUAUAAAGAUACUGGUGAGUUUGACCUUGUGGUUCUAUAUGCUUCAAAUAUGUGCAGAGGUUUGUCCAUUAUGAAUUUUUAUACUCAGGUACACAGGCUAUUGGAAGGAGAAAGCAGUUGCAAUAUAUUUGUACAUUUCCAGACAGACAAAUCUUACUUACUCAGAUACAUCACACAGACACAGACAAAUACACUGGUAAGUUUAGCUCACUGAAGUCAGUUUUCCAUCCUUUUCAGAAUAAUUUGAGUUUAAAGAAACCAAACAUGCUCAACUGUUUUUAUAGACCCUGUGUGUACCUUAGCAUUUGGAAAUAAUUAUUUAACUUAAUGGAUAGAGUUGAAAGGAAUUAAGUGGGGAAGGAAACCAUACUGAUAUUGUAAAAUUCCAUAGCCAAAGAAUGGCUAUUUUGUGAGGCCAAUGUUAGACUAGUACCAAAAACUAGUAGGUAAGGUAUAUUGUAAAUGUUUACAUAUAUAUAUUCUUUAUAUAUGUCUAGGCUUUUUAUGGUUGGCAAGGUUGAAGGUCUAUUCCGUAAUUCCAAGAAAGAGAUAUUGUAUGGAGAAAUAAAAAAGACGGAAAACAUUA